CCCGCAAACAAACGGAGGUGAUAACCAAGUGGACGCGUGUCUCGUUCGCUCCAGACCAGGAGGACAUUUCUCUCUUCGGCCUGAGUGCUCGCAGAGAGGAAGGGGACGAGUUGGGAGUGAAGGAUGGUGCUGGACAAGGAGGAGAGCGUGUCCCUGGUGUCCCUCCAGUCCAGAGAGAAGGUGCGAGGCUGCGCCGGCUGCAACGGGAGGAUCCGGGACCGCUUCAUGCUGCAGGCCUUGGACCGCUUCUGGCACGAGGACUGUCUGAAGUGUGCCUGCUGCGACUGCCGCCUGGGCCGGGUGGGCUCCAGCCUCUACACCCGGGCCAACCUCAUCCUGUGCCGCCGGGACUACCUCAGGCUGUUUGGAGUGACGGGAAACUGCGCCGCCUGCAGGAAGUUAAUCCCGGCCUUCGAGAUGGUGAUGAGGGCGCGGGACAACGUCUACCAUUUAGACUGCUUCGCCUGCCAGCUGUGUCGCCAGAGAUUUUGUGUGGGAGAUCGCUUCUUCCUGAAGAACAACAUGAUCCUGUGCCAGCUGCACUACGAAGGCGGCCAUCUUAACGGCAGCGCGCACUGAGAGCUGACGUCCAUCACGACCUUUGUCCACGUUAAAAAAUGACGAGGUGGACCAGGGACGAGGUGGACCAGGGACGAGGUGGACCAGAAUGAGAACCGCUUGGACUUUGUCUCGUUACGACUUUGAAGCCGCUUUGUCUUGAGCUUCUGUGAACGCUGACAGUCAAGACCCGACAGACCAGAAAGUUCCGGAAAAGACCGAACGAUUGGAGGACGGGAAAAAUUCUUCUCAAACUAUAUUCCACGUUGAACAAAAGCGAGGCCGAGGACAAUCCAGUCUUUCUUUUCAUUGCUUGCGCCAAAGAAAAGCUCUCAUGUUGGUUACAUGAUUAUUACUUUCUAAAGAUGUGUAUACAUAUGCAGAGUUUGACGAUUAAAUUGUCUUAUUUAGUAGAAAUCUUUUACGUGACAUUAAAAAAAUUUAAAUAUUGUAUUUGUGGCGGAAAAGUGAUGACAUCAAAGAACAUAAGUCAUGUUUUUAGCUACAAAAACCAAGAUAUAGGAUUUUUACACGUUAGACUAAUCCUAUUUUGAGCGGCACCAUAAAUAUUGAAACAUGUAAUAAAUAUAUGAUAGACUGUACAAGUGUCUUAUAUAAAUAAAGGUAUCUAACGUUGUGUUUUGGCGUCACUUGGUGGCCACCGGUUGUAAUUACAGCCACUGAGAUAAUAGGAUUUUUACACAUAAAAGGUUGGACGUAUCCUAUUU